AGCGUAUUUUUAAAAUUAACCAUUUGGGUAUGAGGGUGGUUAUGUAAUAAAUAUUGUAAAUAAUCCUAUUUUUAGCAACAUUACGCGUUUUUCAAAAUUUGGUAAUUUUUCCUUUCACAAGUUGUCGCUUAACGUCAAACAGGUUGGUUGCUUCAGUAAGAUUUUCUGAAAAGCGUUUCUCAGUGGAAAAUCAGACUACAUAUUUUGUUACGAUGUUGUGCUAAAUUAAAUUGUAUGUCCAAAAUACUAACUGCGGUCUAGAGAAUGGGGACGGUACACGCAAAGGCAGAAGAAAAUUUCACUGAAGCAUCCGAAUUUGUCAACAGGAACGUCCCGCAUGACUCCGCAGACGCUUAUACUUUUAAAGAAGUCGAUUUGGAAGCUGUAAGGGCAAGAGUCGAUAAAAUAAACGUAGACGGUCUAGCAAGAACAAAAAAUGACAUUGUCGAGGACUGUAUCAGAGAAUUAUUCAGAGCAAAAGAUUUCCAGGACGUUUUGAUAAAAGCACACAGGGCCAGAGUGAAACUGGACGAACUGGGCUGUUUUAAGAAUAUAUCAGUUUUUAUAGACACUAGCAAGGGCCCCAAAGCAACAUCAGACGGUUUAGAAGUGACUUUUAAUGUCAAGGAACACAAAAGGUUAACGGGCGGUGUAAGUACGCAGGUGGGCAACAAUGAAGGAUCCCUGCUUGUCGGGUUGCGUGCCCCAAACCUGUUCGGAAGGGGUGAAAGGGUACAGGUGGAGUACAGCCACGGUUCCAAGAGGACCAGUAACUUCAACGUAGCCUUCAUCAAACCGUUUAGGGGGCGGCAUCGACCCACUUUAACCACGUCAGUGUUCCAGUCCCAGUCGGAAUGGCCGAGCUCUGGUUACAGACAACUCGAGAGGGGCUCACUUUUAGACCUCAGCUUUUAUUCGACACCUUUUUUAAAACACAACCUGCAGUGGGAAGCGAACAUCAGGGACCUUAGCGUCCUGAGCAGAACGUCAUCCUUUGAGGUACGCGAGCAGUCCGGCCUCAGUCUGAAAUCUGCACUGAGGCACAUCCUGGCGUGCGACUUGAGGGACGAUUUGAUUUUUCCAUCUACGGGGUCGCUCUUCCAAGUAACGUCGGAGGUUGCUGGUGUGGGGGGUGACGUGGGGUUCCUCAAGAAUGACGUCUUUUUGCAGGGAAACUACUCUGUCUUAGAGGACAUUGUGAUACAAGGUUGCCUUUCGGGCGGUUACAUGUCCAGUAUUAGCAACGACAUGAAGAUCAGCAUGUCCGACAUGUACUAUCUAGGCGGCCCGCUGUGCCUCCGCGGCUUCCAGAUGCGAGGCGUGGGGCCCCACUCGGACGGGGACGCCCUCGGAUCCACAGGCUAUUGGUCGGCAGGACUCCAUCUGUUCACGCCGUUACCUUUCCGGCCCGGCAGAGGCGGAUUCGGCGAAUUGUUCCGCACCCACCUCUUCGUCAACGGGGGCAACGUCGGAAACUUCCGAGUAGGAAGAGAUUCGAGCAUUUUGGACACUCUGCGGGCCAAUAUGAGGAUAUCGUACGGCCUGGGCGUCGCCCUGCGGCUCGGCAACAUGGCCAGGCUCGAGGUGAACUAUUGCUUCCCGUACAUCUUCGACAAAGGGGACCAGACGCAUCCUGGCGUCCAGUUUGGCAUCGGAGUGCAAUUUCUUUAACGAGACGUCCCGAUUUCGAGAACGUGUUUCGUUUUUCGAGCAUUUAACGCAAAUUUGAAGUGUACUGCAUAGUCUAUGAGUGAAGUUACUGGAGAAAAUAAAUUGUUGCCUUAGUUUCAA